CAAGUCUACCCCGUCGAAUUGUGCUCAAGUUGCACACCAACAGGAGACACUGUGGAUGUGCUGUUCUGCCCGGGAGGAUUAUAUCUGCACAAACUCUUCCCCACUGACAAAUCCUUGAUAACCGUUCAUAAGACGUGGAUUGUCAUCCUGUGGAAUUAAUGCUUACUGCCACCAUGAUCAUUGUCUCUGUCUCCCUGGAUACUCAGUACCACCUGGCCAUGUCCCAACUGGGGACUCAUUUGGAUGUGAAGGAACUUGCCCAUUAUAUACAAAUCUGUCUGAUCCGUGGCGUAAUAUUGGCUUCAAAUCAACAACCUUUCCUGGAUGGCCAAAGAAUGACACCCACUUAGUAAAAUAUAAUUGGUAUCGCUUUGUUGGUAUUGGAGGAGAUGUGCUGUAUGACAACUGUACCAACACUGUUAUUGGUGGAGGCACAUCACAUCCCAUUGUAUCUUGUGGUCAAGACAGUACAGUCAAUUGGGGGAUCCAAUUCAAUGAUAUAACACUCUGUUACCAGUCCUCAGGAACGUGCUCAACAAAUAUACAAAUCAACAGAUUCCAUUGUUCUGGAGGAUUCUACUUGUAUCAACAUGGCACAUAUGACACAUCAUUCAGUUAUGUCACUCGACACCAGACGUGUGGACCGUCCUCCUGUGGUCCUAAUGCCAUGUGUGUUGGUGACGGACGCUGUGAGUGCAAACGUGGAUAUGAGAUACCUCACGGCUACCUACCGACUGGAGACUCCUAUCAGUGUAAAGCAGUGCCCACAAAUACAGUGACUCCUUCCACGUCAACGCAGCUUCUGACCACCCCAAGCACACCAGCAACAGUAAUAUCCCAAAAUACAGAGGCUCCUUCCAUGUCAACGCAGCUUCCUGAUUCUCUGACCACCCCAAGCAGACCAGCUACAUCAACAGCAGUGCCCACAAAUACAGUGACUCCUUCCACGUCAACGCAGCUUCUGACCACCCCAAGCACACCAGCAACAGGUUGUGCCUCUUCGGCUCAGGUUUGUCCUGACUCAUCCAAAUGUGUCCACACUGAAGAUAGAUUUUACUGUGAAUGUCAAAAUGGUACCAUACCCAGUAUCACUGCAGGCACAUUGGUUUGCAAAGAUCUUCACAGCAAUGAGGGAAUGUCACCUGAGGCUCAGUUUAACAAUCUGAACAGUAAUAUCAUGAAUUUGACGGAUGAUGUUGUUUUAGAGUCUUACGUUGUGUCGUCCUUACUGGGGAGUUUAGAAGAUGCUCUUCCUGAGGUGCCACAGGAUACCAGUGGAGAGAAGCUUGUGGCCUUGGGUGAUGCCAUGCUGCAGUCCACCAAAAAGCUGGUGGGGGCCCUGGUGGAGCCCACGACCACAAAUGCCAGCAAAACACUGAUGACCAAAACCAUAGAAGUGCAAACUUUCACCAUCGGAAAGUACUAUAAGAGCAAUGUGAGCGCCAAUAUUAAAAAUAUAAAUAACUCAUUGGACGUAGACCUCACUGGUAUUGCAAGGAACAACAAUGGAUCAGCCACUGUGGCCUUCACAAACUUCAAGAACUUGAGUUCAGUUCUGACAGCAGACCUCUUCCACACUAUCAAUGAUACAAUGAAGACCAUGAUGUCUGCAGUUCUGAGUGCCUCCCUACCAAAAACCCAAAACAAAGUCCUGCCAAAUCCAGCCAACAUCACAAUGAAACACAUCCAGAGUCUGGACCCUCAGGGUGUGCUCUCCUGUGUGUACUGGAAUUCCAGCGCCUGGGUGGUAGAUGGCUGUGAUGUCACCCAGACCAACGCCACCCACACCGUCUGCACCUGUGUGCAUUUCUCCACCUUCGCCCUGAUCAUGCAGGUGCAGGCGGAGCGACCUCCAGAGACAAAACAGAUAGAGUUGCUGAAUAGGGUCGGCGUUUCUAUUGGUCUGGUGUUCCUGGCUCUGGCUGUGAUGACCUUUGCCCUCUGUCGAUGGAAACCCCAAGUGAACAUCACGGCCCAUCUGAACCUCUGCAUCAGUCUGUUUCUCGCUCACCUCCUCUUCCUGCUCAUCCAGGAGUUCAUCCACCUCAUCCGUCCUCACAAGGUCGUGUGCACGGUGCUCUCAGGAGUCCUUCACUACCUCUUCCUGAGCAGUUUUGCGUGGAUGCUUCUGGAGACCAUCUGGCUUUUCCAUGCUGUCCUCAGGCUCAAAGACAUCAGAUCCCCACGGGGGCUGGGACCUCACUGGGGAUACCAGUGCCUGAUUGGUUAUGGAGGUCCCUUGGUUGUUGUUGCUAUUUCAGCUGGUAAAAUGCCUGAUGGGUAUGGAAGCGACAGGUGCUGGCUGAAUUAUGACAGAGGAUUCAUCUGGAGUCUUCUUGGUCCUGUGUGCUGCAUCCUUGGAACAAACGUUGUCCUCUUCUUCAUCAUCAUCAUCCUCCUUCACACUGCCGUGUCACGGAUGCAGCACAGCCCAGCACACCGUAAAUUAAUCAGGAUGUUGGUGUUUAAAACCCUGGUCCAGUCUGUUAUCAUUGGCUUGCCUUGGAUACUGGGAUUCUUCACUCGAAGCAGCCAGGCACUGGAUGUGCUCUUCAUUGCGCUCAACAGCCAACAGGGAACCUUCAUCUUCCUGCUACACUGUAUUCUUAAUGAGGAGGUUCCACCCAAGUGGGAGGGGCAGACCCAGGACAGUCCAAACCACCAAGGGUGA